UUAAUGCGUUCGGCUCGUUGAAAAAGUGCCCGUGUGCCUCUUGUUUCAAUUUCAAUUUCAAAUAUUUUCUUUUGAGUUUUGACUUUCGAACUCUUUUUGAAUUCACAAAACAAAACGCGCGCUCGCCGGUCAACAAAACAAACCAAACAAUCAAAAAUACUUGAUUUCAAUAUUUUCUUUACUUCGUUUUUUUUUUUUGGUUGCUUUUUUUUUUGGAUUUUGGGAAAAGCAAUUUCCCAAAUGCGUGGAAACUGUGGAAAAUCGCCAGUCAGUCAGUAGUUGAGGGCAGACAAGCGGUUUCCAUAGUUCAAAGUGUGCAACCACAAUACAGAACAACAAUUAACGAAAUAAAUCAAGUGUGAACAAAAAGUGUGUAGCAUCAAAUCUUUUUUGUUGAGUGACAAACAAACGUCGUGCUUCAAAAUGCCGCUCUAUUCGGAUUCGAGCAAUUAUUACUACAGCGGGGGCAGCAGUCAACUUUAUUCGCCCUAUUACAGCAGCAGCAGCAGCAGCCCUGGCAGCUAUACGUCCAGCUAUAAUCGCGCCUAUCCAGGCAGCUAUAUGGUGCCGUUGCUGCCCUCGCCCCGCUCGCCCAGCUACACCACGAGCAGCAGCAUCGUUGGCAGCGGUGUUGUCGGCGGCAGCAGCAGCAACAGUUUAUUGGGUUUGUCGUCGCGUUAUCAGCCCAAACUGACGACCAUAACAGAGACAUCGGCCCUAACGGGACGACACAGUGGCCACAGCAGUCUGAUGCCCCUGACGCGCAUUCAGUCGCCCAAGUACAGCUCAGUGUCGAGCUACGGCAGCAGCAGCAACAGUAGCAGCAGCAGCAGCAGCCAUCGCUAUAUACCGCCUAGACCGAUAGCAAUCAAUACGGCGGACAUUGAUGUGAGUUCAGCGAGGUAUCAUCGUCGCUCAGCGGAGCCAGAGCCAGCUGCAGUUGUGGAGCGCAAGCAGGAGAAGCAAGCUGAACCACAAGAGGAGCAACAGCAGCAGCAACCAGAAAAGCAACAACAGCACCUCGAACAAGAGCAGCAGGGACAAUCGCAAGCUCCGCCUAGACGCUCGACAAUACGACGCAAUCGUGCUGUGGUGCGUCUCUCGACCAUCAGACGACGCAGCAAGGAACGCAACAGCGAGCAACCUCAACAGCAGCAGCAACCACAACAACAACAACAGCAACCAGAGGAACAUCAAUUUCGUGAUCUGCCGCCAGCAGCUGAGCCAAGUCUCAGUUGGCGACAAAAACUUGCCGAGGAGUUGGCCGCAUUCCCAGCGACGAGCAACAAAAAGUCACCCGGAGAAUUGCUGCGCGAACGUUUCUACAUACACGAUGAGAAGCAACAGCUGGCGGAGUUGCGUCAGCAGCAAAAGCAGCAGCAACAACAGGCAAAACAAACAACACCAACAGAACGGACAACACAGCAACAACAACAACAACAACAGCAGCAGCGACAGCAGCCAGCAAAACAGUCCGAUGAAGAGACGGAAGAAUCUUCGGAGCUGGAAGAGACUGCGGAACAGGUGCAGGAAACCAUUCGUCGGCUGAGUUUGGUGCAGUGUCCCACAUUUCAUGACAUCUGCGAGGACAUCUCGUCGGAUAAGAUCGACGACGAUCUGAAUGCCGGCGAGUUGCGACGACGUGCUUCGAUCAUACAGGAACAGGAACAGGAGUUGCUUAACAAGUUGCAAAAGUCGAAUUCGGGAACGUUUCAGUUGAUCCAUUUGGAGCGUCGCAGCAGCCAUGACAGCACCACAGCCGAUGAGUCGACAGCGGCAGCAGUGGCCAAGCAGGCGAAGAAACGCAAGAGCAAGAAGUUGCGACACAAGAUCACCGCCAUUGUGGAUGUGGAGAAUGCGGUGACAGCUCAGACACAAUCACAGCAACAGCAACUGCAACAGCAACAGCAGCAUCAUAUGCCGAGUGUGCUGGAACUAAACGAAGAGCAGGCAGCCAUAGGCAACCCGCCAUUGAGUCCCAAGCCCAAGUUUACGGUGAAUGUGGAGACGGUGGAGGAGCAUCAGCAGAUACACAAGAUCUUCAAGUUGCCCAAGAAAAAGGUGGCGCCACCGAAGGCUUCGCAAGUGGAUCAAGUGUUGCCCGAGGGCUUCAUGAAGGCGGCGCCCAAGGCAAAGACAUCGCCGAUUAAGAAGCCAAGCAAGCCCAAGGAACAGGAUCAAGCGAAGCUGUUGGAGAAAGAGAAACUAGAGGCUGAGGAGAAGCAGCUGAUGCAGGAGAAAAUGCAAGAGGAGAAGUUGAAGCAGGAGGAGAAACUGAAGGAAGAGAAAUUGGAACAAGAGAAGUUGCAAGAGGAGAAAUUGAAGCAGGAGGAGAAACUGAAGGAAGAGAAAUUGCAACAAGAGAAGUUGCAAGAGGAAAAAUUGAAGCAGGAGAAGUUGCAAGAGGAGAAAUUAAAGGCGGAAAAACUGCAAAAAGAGGAAAAAUUGAAGCAGGAGAAAUUACAAGAGGAGAAAUUAAAGGAGGAAAAACUGCAAAAAGAGGAAAAAUUGAAGCAGGAGAAAUUGCAAGAGGAAAAAUUAAAGGAGGAAAAACUGCAGCAAGAGAAACUGCAACAAGAAAAGCUGCAACUUCAGAAGGAGAAGUUGCAACAGGAAAAGUUGCAGCAGGAAAAACUGCAGCAGGAAAAACUGCAACAGGAAAAAUUGAAGCAGGAGAAAUUGGAACAGGAGAAAAAACAGAAGGAGAAACUACAAAGGGAGAAAUUACAGAAAGAGAAACUGCAGCAGGAGAAACUGCAAAGGGAGAAAUUGGAACAGGAGAAAGUGCAAAAGGAAAAACAGCAGCAGAAACUGCAGGAGGACAAAUUGAAGCAGGAAAAAGAGCAAAAGGAAAAGGAGCAACAUGAAAAAUUGCUCAAGCAGCAGCAGCAACAACAACAAGCGGGAGUAGCGCAGAUUUUCACCUUCGACGAGGCCGCAAUUCAACAGAGUCAGGCAACCCUGACGCCUACGGCCACGCCCACGCCCGCAGCCGUGAAACAAGAGGGCGUGGCCACGCCCAAACCCAUCAGGAAGGCGAUACAAAAGUCGGAGAGCGGCGAGGACUUUUGGUCGCAGAUCGGAUCCCGGGAGACGCUCUACAUGAACAAUCGCAAGAAGGUGAUUACGGAUCGGCAGCUGGAGACAACCAGCGAGGAAGCAACAUCUCCCAAGGAAGCAGCAUCAGCAACACCGACACUAAAGUCUGCAAUACACAUUGAACUCAAGCAGCCAGCAACAACCUCAAAUGGCAAAUCGCUGCCAGCAACACCAGCCAUAACUUUGUCGAAUUCGACACCAGCAACACCCAAGUUGACAACGAAAUCGGAACCAGCAACACCACUUGCACCGACAGCAACUGCAACCAGUUCGCCCAAAGCAACGCCAGCAACACCAAAGCUAAACAGCACAGCAGCAACAGCAACUGUUGCUAAAACCGAAACAUCUCCCAAAUCAACAGCAACUGCAACCAAAACGGAAGCAGGCACAACAGCAACAACUCCAAAGAGCAUGCCAGCAACAUUGAAGCCAGCUGAUAAGCUAGCGACAGCAGUUGCAAAGCCAGUGACAAUGACAGCAAAGACAACAGCAACGGUUGCUGCUGCAAAGGAACAACAACAAUCUGGCAACGCUGCAGUCAGCACAACUACUGUAGUCAUGACAACCGCAUCAACAAUAGCAACAGGCAAAUCAAAACUGUGCGAAACGGCGGCAACAACAGCAGCAACAACAACAACAGCAGCUACGGCAGCGCCAAAAAUAAAUACCGGGCAAGCGGCCAAGUCACCUGAACAACAACAGGCAGCGGCAGCGAAAAUAAAUAAAACAACGCAUAAUAAUGAGCGACAACAACAGCAGCCGCAGCCGCAGCAGCAGCAACCACCAAGCAACGUAGCAACAUCCAAGCAAGAAACGGAAACUAAAACGAAAUUGACGGAAAUUGUUGAGCCAAAGUCAAAGGUGCAAUCACCGAAAGCGACAACAACAGCAGCAACAGCAAAGCCAAAAGCAGCAGCAGCCAAAAAGAAAGCCACAGCAGCAACAGCAGCAGCAGCAACUCCGACAACAGCAGCAGCAACUGAAACGUUGCCGGACAGCAAUGUGACCCCAAUCAAUGCCGAUCAAUUUAUAUCGUUGGCCCCCACAAAGGCGGCCAUUGCAGCGGCCACAAAUGCGUCAUCGCCGGCAACUGCAACAGCAGCAGCAGCAGCCACAACAGCAGCAGCAGCAGCCACAACAGCAACAGCAGCGACAACGCCUACAACAACAGGCGAUGCGCUACGCGAUGUUGUGGCGAAUGUUGCUGACAACAACGGCAACGAAGGCGACGACGUCGUCGACAACAAUGACAACGACAACAACGACGGCGACGACGACAACAGCUGCGGCGAAGGCGUCGGCAAUAAUUUAUCAAAGUUUGCAACAGUAUCGAAUUUGGCACAGUGUCUGCGAGACGUUGACGCCGAGCUAGACGAUUAUAUACCAUCGUCGGCGGAAAAUAGCGAAGAUAGCAGCGACGAUAGCAGUUUUGACGAUUCCUCCAGCGCGAACGGUUUAGAAAACAAUCUCAAUCUCAGUGCCAGCAUGAAGAAGAAACAGCGCAAGGAGAAGAAAAAACAAAAGGCCAAAGAUGCCAAAGAGGCGCCAGCACGUUUCGAUCCCCAGAAGAAGAUCAAAAUCGAUCCCAGCACCAAGUGUUAUGUGAAAGAGGAGGCGCCACGCUAUCCCCUCGUUGCCACGCCUCGUCCGCUGUGGAAGCGCGAAAAGAUCGUGUAUUCCGAUGAGAAUACCGAUGAUGAGAGCAGCUCCGAGGGCAGCGAGGCAACGGGCGGAUCCCUUGACGAGGAGACCGAUGACGAUGACAGCGAUGCGUGCAGCAGCAACAACAGCUCCAGCUCCGAGGAGUUUGACGACGAGUCAGCAACCAGAGGAGGAGCAGCAGCAACAGCCACAAAUACAUCAGCAACAUCAGCAACAUCAGCAGCAGCAGCAACGACGGCAGCAACAAAUAAGACACACUUGGCGGCACCAGGACAAGCGUCCACUUCCACAUCGACCUCGGCAUCGGCAUCGGCGUCGAGUUCGCCGUCGAUCAUCAGGAUGAGCACGUGCAGCAAUGAUUCCGGCUUUGAGGGCGGCACUGCGCCGUCCAGUCCCAAAAAGAUGUUGGAAACAUCAUAUACAUAUUCACAAUUCCAAAAAUCCGGACGUUUCACAGCGCCAGCAACAGUAAUACCUAGAUUUAAGAAUUAUUCGGUAGAUGAUUUUCAUUUUCUGGCCGUGCUGGGCAAAGGAAGUUUCGGCAAGGUACUGCUCGCUGAGCUGCGUGAUACAACAUAUUAUUAUGCCAUCAAGUGCCUGAAGAAGGAUGUUGUGCUGGAGGACGAUGACGUCGACUCAACGCUGAUCGAACGCAAAGUUUUGGCAUUGGGCACCAAGCAUCCAUAUCUAUGCCAUCUGUUUUGCACAUUUCAAACAGAGAGUCAUCUGUUCUUUGUGAUGGAAUAUCUAAAUGGCGGAGAUCUCAUGUUCCACAUCCAGGAGAGCGGACGUUUCUCCGAGGAGCGUGCACGUUUUUAUGGCGCCGAAAUCAUAUCUGGCCUCAAGUUUUUGCACAAGAAGGGCAUUAUCUACAGGGAUCUCAAAUUGGACAAUGUAUUGCUGGACUAUGAGGGUCAUGUGCGUAUUGCUGAUUUUGGCAUGUGCAAAUUGCAAAUCUAUUUGGAUAAGACGGCCGAUAGUUUUUGCGGCACACCCGAUUACAUGGCGCCCGAAAUCAUCAAGGGUGAGAAAUACAAUCAGAAUGUGGAUUGGUGGUCAUUCGGUGUGCUGCUCUACGAAAUGCUAAUCGGACAAUCGCCAUUCAGUGGCUGCGAUGAGGACGAACUCUUCUGGUCGAUCUGCAAUGAAAUUCCAUGGUUCCCCGUCUAUAUAUCCGCCGAAGCAACUGGCAUACUCAAGGGCCUGCUGGAGAAGGAUUACACGAAGCGCAUUGGAUCACAGUAUAGUCCGGCUGGCGAUAUUGCCGAUCAUAUAUUCUUCCGGCCCAUCGAAUGGAAUCUGCUCGAGAAGCGGCAAAUUGAGCCGCCCUUUAAGCCCCAAGUGAAACAUCCAUUGGAUACGCAAUAUUUCGAUCGUGUGUUUACUCGAGAGCGUGUCCGUCUCACGCCCAUCGAUAAAGAAAUACUCGCUUCCAUGGAUCAGAAGCAGUUCCAUGGCUUUACCUACACAAAUCCGCACAUCACCCUGGACUAGAGGGUUAAUAGAACUAGCAAUUAAGAAGAUGAAGAAGAAGAAGAAGAUUAAGAACUUAUCGUACUUAGUUAAUAAAUUAAUACACUCUUAUAACCCCAAACAAGAAUUACUUCAUAGAGCAACAGUAUUUGUAUAUGUAUGUAUAUAUAUCUAUCUAUCUUUCGAUUAUGAUAAUAAUGAUUAUGUUUCUGUCGUAAGUGAUGAUACGAGUCUCAUUUAGCUCGUUAUUUAUUUAUUAAUUAGGUUUACUUAAGUGUCACAAUUGUUAAAUUUCCUAGCCAACUAACAAUACUCUUAAUCGAGAGAGAGAGAGUCUGAGAAUUCUUCUCACAUCACUUUUUUUUUUUGGUUGGCUUCGAAUACGUUUAUAAUGCUAGUCAUCUUAGUUAAUACUCGGUAAAUCUCGAAAUAAGAUAACUUUUAUUAUAUAUCUCUCUGUACAUAUAUCACAUUAAUACUUACUAUCGAUUAAUUUUUUUUUUUUUUGCAAUUGGGUCUAAAUUAGUUAUACAAGCUCUAAACCAAAGUCUACAUAUGUAAUCGUAUGUGUAUGCUAAAUAAUUUUAAAAUAAAA